AAUUGUGUAUGAAGCCAACUGAGUAGAACAGAGCUUCCGCUUCACAAGGAUUUUUGGUUCCAAAUCCCCACGAGUUCCUCUCGUACGUUAUUCUUCCAUUCCCUCUACUCUGUUUCUUGAUUUUUUGCUUUGGUUGAAAUUGGAAAUAUUUACAGAAUCCACGCCUCAAAUUCACUCCAUCUCCAUUUUUUUAUUCAUGCAAACGGAUACAGUGCGCAGUUUUUGUUUUUAGAAUCUAGAAGAAUUAGUGAAUUUUGUUUGUUGUGAGCUCUCCCUGGAACCCCAAAAUUCAGAUUUAGGUUUCUUUGGAUUUUCAGUGUUCAUUACCUAUGACAACUGUGGUGAACUCUGUGUCUUAUAGCACAAAGCCUUGUCUAAACAGUAGGAGAAAAGCUUGUGGUUUCUUUUCUCAGAUCCCAAAUCUUAAUUCUUUUUCAGUGAACAAGGGUUUUACCAGGGUUUUGGCGUCUAAUCCCUAUACUAUUUCUUCAAAGGACUCUGUUUUCGCCCUACCCAAUUGGAAGUCAGAGAAGAGUGUGUCCAAAAGUUUGGAACAUAGGCUCAACGAUGCUUUCUUUCACAUGGAGAGGAUGGUGGGGAAAGGGCAGAAACCUGAUGUGAUUCAAGCCACGAACCUCUUAUAUGAUCUGUGCAAAGCCAACAAGACAAAAAAGGCAAUUAGAGUGAUGGAGAUGAUGGUUGAUUCUGGUGUUAUGCCGAAUGCAGCUUCUUAUAAUUUCUUGGUGAACCUCUUGUGCAAGAGAGGAAAUAUCGGACAUGCAAUGCAGCUGGUGGAAAAGAUAGAGGAUCAUGGGUACCCCGCUGAUAUGGUUACCUAUAAUUCUCUUGUGAGAGGGAUUUCUACUCAUGGAAACUUAAAGCAAGGCUUGCAACUAGUGGAUAGGUUUAUGCAAAAGGGGUUGAUACCUAAUUCAUUCACUCACUCGUUCUUGCUUGAAGCUGCUUAUAAGGAAAAAGGAGUAGAUGAGGCGAUGAAGCUAUUGGAUGAGAUCAUUGCCAGGGGUGGGAAGCUUGAUUUGGUUAGUUAUAAUGUUCUAUUGACUGGGUUGUGCAAGGAGGGGAGAACCAACGAAGCAAUUAGGUUCUUCAGGGAUUUGCCUUCGAAGGGAUUAGAUCCAAAUGUAGUGAGUUAUAACAUUUUGCUCAGGAAUUUAUGCUAUGAGGGGCGAUGGGAAGAAGCAAAUGAGCUUUUGGCUGAGAUGGAUGGUGAGGGUCGUUCUCCUUCAUUUGUUACUUACAAUAUAUUAAUUGGUUCCCUUGCCUUCCAUGGCAGAGUUGAACAUGCUCUGCAGGUUCUGGAUGAAAUGAUUAGAGGAAAUGUUAACGCCACUGCUGCAAGCUAUAACCACAUAAUUGCCCGUCUUUGUGAAGAGGGGAAGGUCGAUCUAGUAGUUAAGUGUCUAGAGGAAAUGAUCCAUCGGCAUUGUAAGCCUAAUGAAGUAACAUAUAAUGCCAUUGCAGCCUUAUGUGGGCAGGGAAAGGUGCAAGAGGCAUUCUCCAUCAUUCAAAGUUUGGGAAACAAACAAAAUGUAACUACACAUGACUUCUACAAGAGUGUGCUUUCAAGCAUGUGUAGAAAAGGGAAUACAUAUUCAGCAUUUAAGCUUCUAUAUGAAAUGACUGAGGUUGGAUUUGCUCCUGACUCUAACACCUACUCAUUUCUGAUUAGAGGAUUGUGCUUAGAAGGAUUGUUGGAUGUGGCAAUGGAAGUUUUCAUGAUAAUGGAAGAAAACAAACAAGGACCAAAUGUUGACAAUUUCAAUGCUCUUAUUCUUGGACUUUGCAAAGUGCAGAGAACUGAUCUAGCCCUGAAGGUUUUUGAGAUGAUGAUAGAGAAAGGGUAUGUUCCUAACGAGACAACUUACUCUAUUUUGGUGGGAGGAAUGGUUCAUGAACAGGAAUCAAAACUGGCAGCGGAAGUUUUGAACGAGUUGUAUAGGAGAGAAGUUCUAAGUCAACAUACUGUAGAAAGACUCGAUAUGCAGUAUAACCUUGAGGGUCUCUCGGUAUAAAUUUUAUCCUUCAGCAAACAAAUAUACAGGGAAGAAAGAAAAAGAAAGAUGGCAAAGACUGCAUUGUAUGAGAUUGAUGAUUGCAACAUUUAUGGCCAGAACUCUAAAUCAGUAAAAUAGAGGCUGAUGGAGAUCUUUGUCUAUUUUUAGAAUGUAAAAGAAAACAAGUUCAAGUUAGCCCUGGUUGUUAACAUUUUUCUGUAUUUAAGGUUUGUUUAUUUGUAGAGAAUUUGAAUUUAAUUUACUUUAUUGUUUGUACAAGUGUUUUUUUUUUUUCAUUCUUGUUGGCCUUUGGUUGUUUGUACAAAUUUGAAAAUAAAGAUGUGUUUGAGAU